UUACUAGGUGCCUUUGGCACUCCAGUUGUUUCGUCUGGGAAAUCCCGGCACCCCGUAUAAUCAAGAGGUCAUCUGUCAUAGAUCAAUAGGAAAAACGGUUUCUUCUUCGUCUGUGCUUCUUAUUUUAAACUUUCGUGGGUUUGCAAUGAGUUUAAUGAUGCUAAGACGAAUGGCUUUGCAACACAGUCGUACAGUGUACAAGAUCAUGCCUCGUGAAUACACUUCAGACGGAAAAAUCAACAAAGAAGCUCGCACAAAACCAUCCAAACCUCCAUCUGUAUUUGAUUUAUUUUAUGAAGAUCACAUCGAGGAAGAACGUGCAAAUAAUGCACAUUCAAAACAGAAUGAAUUGAUUCGUGCGAUCGGAGAAAAAUGGAAAAAUACCACCGAAGACCAGAAAAAAGCCUACAGGGAGAAAUUCGUAGAAAGAGUGGAGCAGUACAAACAACAACUGAUAUCMUUUGAGGAAGGAUUGGACGCUCAUCAAAAAGUCAUUGAGGCCUUGAAGCAGAAUGCAUGUGAACAUGUAUCUGAACAAGAAGAUAGUACUAUAAGCAUGGAUCUUCCCAAAAAAGCAACAGCAUUUGGACAUUUUAUUAAAGCUGCCCAGGAAGCCUUCCCUAGAGAUUCCACCCAGAGUAUAGCAGAGUGGAAUAUACAAAUGGCUAAAAAAUGGCGAGAUAUGAGCGAAGAAGACAAGCAGAGCUUUAGAGAAGCAAGCAAAGAAUCCUCUCAGAAGUUUGAAGUGGAAAAAGAUGACCCGAAAAGCAUGUUUAGCGUGGAUGAAGUUGGAGGGUUUCAACGUUGACUGAUGCCUUAAUCCACCUCAUCAUAAGCUUGUCUGCACGAAGGAUGUCUGCACGAAGUGUAGUUUUCUCCUUUAUAGGUCAUACGCCUACAAUAAGCGUGUUAAGGUAAUUCCCUUGAAAGAAAUUUUGCCGAUAACUUUGUCCUGAAACUUUGCAUAGACAUURAUUAUGUUAUGGACAUUUAAAAACUGUAAUAAAAAGAUGGGGUUGCCAUUCUCGUUUUUUCGCUAGAUGCUCUCYAAAUAUGUCAAUUUAAGGGUGAAAUAGGGUAGCAACCUGAAGCUGUAAUCAAGAACCUUCAUGUUUACUAGAUAAUCUAUACUAUUACCGGCGUUUGCAUUGCUACGCGGACACCCCAGACAAAAAUCGCGACGUGCACUUUGCRAUAKACUGCCGUCAAUCAAACAAGUUGACAUCAUUUACACGCGUUUGGAUCGGCCCGGAUAGGCCCAGUGAGUGUGCCUCAUAAUACUUAUAAACAAUCAACCAAAGUUUUGGCGCCUUUUGAAUCACACACGCGUGUAAAUGGCAUCAAUGUGUUUGAUUGACGGCAGUCUAUUGCAAAGUGCAUGUCGCGAUUUUUGUCUGGGGUGGCCGCGUAGCAAUGCAAAYGCCGGUAAUUAAAUUAUUCAAAGUCAUUAGAUGACUAUGACUCUUUAACUAUUACCGGUAGUGAAAAAUGCAGGUAUGUGUGCCUCUACCAAAGACCAAAAAUUGCACAUGUCAACUAUUCCCAUCAAAAUAUUUCAAAAUAUUUAUCAAAAAUCUGAAAUAAAAAAUGGGGGUCACCAUUCUCUUUUUUGACUUAUCUUGAAAAAACAUCUCAAAAUAGUCGAAAACUGACACAUUUCCGAGUGGAGACUAAGGCGAGUCCGAUAAAAAUUGCAAUUUCUUUACUCAAAAAAGAGAAAAAAGUGAAAAUUGGUUUUGAACAUGUUUCUUAUUUAGUUUCCAAAAGAAAAAUGCCUAAACUUUGUUAGUUCCAUGCUUUCAGUUGCAUGCRCMGAAAAAUGCGCAGUGCAAAACAAGGGAAUUACCUUAAGUUCAUUGUUUAGCUUAUUAUUACAAUAAGUGUGUUAAGUUCAUUAAGUUCAAAUUAUCUUGUUAUAAAUGUACCAUGACCUGUGUAGUGGAAUGGAUGUACAAGUUUAUUAGAGGUGUACAAUUUUCAAGGUUGCAAAUUAAUGUCUUUAAGCAUUCUUAUUCUUUCAUUAAAAUGUUUGACCRAAG